AUGGACCUGCCGGACUUGUACUUGGACUCGCCAUCGCAGAGUGCCACGGCGUGGCGAGCGAGCUGGAAGCCAGCUUCGUCGGAUCUGCCUUCACCAAGUUGCUCAAGUCCCUCUCCUUCAAGGAUACGAAGUCACCGUUCGGGGUCGGCUCUUUGGCAGAGUCUUCGAAUCAGCCUCAUGGGAUCGGUGCAGCCGGUGCCGCAGUACCUGGAAAGAGCACACCAUGACGGAAUCUACAGCACCGAUGGCACGGAAAUCCCUGAAGUCUUAGACGUUUUGGACACUGGACCCUCCGGACCUGGUAGUGAUCCAACAAGUCGAUGCUCAAGCCCCAUAAGCCCCGAUGCCUUGCAGCGGCGAGCGAAAGGAAUGAAAGGACUUCGACUCGGCAGCACAUUGGAGACUCGGGCUCAGAGGGAAGAUUUUCUUUGCCAACAACUUGAUGAUGCAUCAGAUGAGAUUGACCGACUUAGCAUGGAGCGGGAUGAUGCAGUCAAGAAACUGCACGACCUUGCAAAACUGCUCAGGGAUCACGAAUUGUCGCAAGAGGAAACCCGAAGGGAGUAUGUGUCAGUUGCAUGCCAGCAGUCCGAUGAUGGGAGCAAUUCUGACGACAAUGCGGCGCAGACACCGCAUGUGAAAAGAGCAGCAUCAUGUCCCCUGAAUUGGUCUCCGAGUCCUGAGCAAGAGACGACUCCAGCGGACAGCUCGAUUUUUGCGGAGCGGCGCCAGUGGCACGAAGAGCUUCUGGAGCUGGAAAGCUUCCAAGAGAGGCUAAAACAAGCAGCGACACAGGCCAAGGAUGAGGCCCACACUGCCUGGACUGAGUCGCAGUCAGCUAUGGAACGGGUUAAUGUGCAAGAAGUCCAAAUGGAUCUUUGGCGAGACGAGGUGGCCCAGGCGCGAGAGAUGCAAAGCGAAGAAGCCGUGAUGCGACACAGAAAUUUCAUUCUGUGCAGUGCGCAGCAAGACAGGCUUAGGCAGAAUGUGCUUACAACCGUCGCGCUGAAAGCGUCCCUGCUUCUCAUUGGAUGCUUCACAACUUGGCGACAAGAAGUGCACGAGCAUGCCACGGAACGAACGGUGGCAGAAAAGACCGAGCUUUCCAAUGCUGAGCUUGCUGCUGCUACUGCUGCAAGCACGACAAGUUCAGCGAGGGCAAGUGCGACUUUGCUGAGCAUGAAGAUGCAGGAGAUGCGAGACACUAUGUUAACUGUUUGCUGCCUGUCCGCUUGGCACACCUACGUGCUGAGAACUGAACGCGCCACUCCACCGGAGAGGAAGCUGCAUGGUUCUGCGUCUUUGGCAUCGAACAUGCCCAAGGCAUUGCCUGAUCUCGUGCUCCAAACUCGCCUUCUCAACACGAGUCUAGCCGAGCUGCGAUCCGCACGAGAUUCCGCACGCAGAAGUUGGGCAAGGAUCUCUUUAGAAGGUGAGUCUUCUCCAGCCUUGUAA